GCAGGCAGAGCUCUACAACCAAAACUAGCUAAUUGAGUUCACCUCUGCUUGCUAUAAGUGACCUUCUGCCUCCCAGUUCCUGAAUCAUUAUCUUUCUUCACUUGUAAUCUUGUUUUCCCAUUUGACACUUUGCUCCCAAAAUCAAGCUUUCCCUUUAUUUAUAUUGCUUGGGGAAGGAGAAAUGGAGGAGUCUAACAAUUAUGACCACCAACAUCCCCUGCUUCUUAUCUUGAACCAAGAGCAGCUGAUCGACUAUCAAAGUGGUGUAACUGAUUGCUCCAGGUGUGGGGAGAAGGUGUCUGCUCCAUGUUUUUGCUGUGCGCAGCACUGUGGGUUUUAUCUUCACAAGAUUCAGAUUCAGAUUCAGAUUCAGAUUCAGAUUCAGAUGGAGAGUGCAUUUGCGAGUGCAUUUGCGAUUUCUGUGAUGAAAGAUGUGAGGAAUUCAUUUAUCACUGCUGUUGCGGAUUGGACUUUCAUAUUAAAUGUGCUUUGUUUACAUUUAAUAUUGCCGAGAAUAAUUUGAAAGAGCUUGAGCAUGUUACCCUUCAACAUCCUUUGAUUUCCACUGAAAAUGGUACUGAAGAACUUGAAGAUGUUAGCAAGUGCCUUGGAUGUUGGGAACCAUUAGCAAAGUAUACACACUUUUCUCCUGAUUGUGGAUUUAAUUUACAUGAGAAAUGCACUAAGCUUCCUUUCAAGCUGAAUCAUGUGUGGCAUCGCAAGCAUCCUCUUGUUCUACAAUUUAAUAGCCAACGGCUCUCUUGCAAGAUAUGCGGAGAAACCAGUCGAAUGGGUAGCGGAUUUGUUUAUGGUUGUUCUGCUUGUAAGUUUGUUGUUCACAUUGAAUGUGCAUCACAAUCACCAUUACAAGUUAUUAAGAGUACAAAUCAUGAACAUCCAUUCACCGUGUUUUUGAGACAAGUUCCAUUCACUUGUGAUGCGUGUGGCACCGAAGGAAAUCAUGUUGCCUAUACAUGUGGUACAUGCAAUAUUAUAAUCCAUAAAAAUUGCAUUUCAUUACCUCGCAUUAUCAAAAGUAAGUGGCAUGACCAUCGCCUUCUUCACACAUAUUUCCAUCACAUAGAAGAUUUUAGAGUUUUGGAUUGCAUAAUAUGCCAUGAUGAAGUCAAUACAGAGCAUGGUAGUUACUAUUGUUCAAAGUGCACUGUUAUAUUUCACGUGAAGUGUGUAAUGAAGGAUAAAGAUUCAUAUGAAAUAGUAGAAAAUGAAGAUGAGGAAUCUCCUGAUGAGUCUGUCAGCUCCAUAACCAAGGUUCUUGAAAGGAAUGAUGCUGGAGAAGCCACAGUAAUACAACAUUUCAAGCAUAUUCAUUACUUAAUAUUAAGUGACAGAGUAGGUGAGUAUGAUGAUAAAUGUUGUGAUGGGUGCUUAUUACCGAUCGUGGCUUCAUUUUACUACUGUACACUGUGUGAUUUCUUUCUCCAUAAAGUUUGCGCCGAGUUACCAAAAGUAAAGCAUGUUUGGCAUCAUCGUUGCCGACCAGCAUUAGUCCUUACUUCGAAUGAAGUAUUUGAGUGUGUACGAUGUCUUUGCUUGUCUAAUGCUUUUGCCUAUAAAUGUGAAGAAUGUGAGCAAUGUACAUGCCUUCGAUGUAUAAUUGCUCUUACACCUGGUGCUCGCACUUGUCUAGGACAUAAACACCCUCUUCUUUUCUACACCGAAUAUAAAGGGCGAUGUGUUGCUUGUGGAAAGGAUGAUAUCACAGGGUUGUUCCGUUGUAAGGAUUGCAAUUUUUCUUUGGAUCAUAAAUGUUUUUCGUUGCCUAUUAGAUCCCAACACAGAAAUGAUAAACAUCUUCUUUCACUUGCUUCUCAUGAUGAUAACAGAUAUUCAGAAAGUCAUUUUUGUGAUGUAUGUGAAGAGCGUCGAGAUCCAAAUCUUUGGUUUUACCAUUGUGCAAUAUGUGAUACUUCUGCUCAUGUCAAUUGUGUCCUUGGUGAAUAUCCGUUCAUCAAACUUGGGAGUACCGUUAAAGUAAUAGAAGAUGCACAUGAGCACCCUCUCACUUUUGUUAAGAAGAUUUAUGACUAUCCGAACUGCAGAUAUUGUGGUGAGCGCUGUUUAGAUUUCGCUCUCGAAUGUACUGGAUGCAACUUCAUUGCCCAUAAUAGGUGUCCACGAUACAAUUGCACUUCUUCAGAUUCGGAGGAAUAAGGUGGCGGUGAGGUGACUAUACUCCAAAACUACCACUUUUCUAAUAGGCAGAGAACACAAAGUAUGGUCCCGACUUUAUUACAUGUAAUGCUGAUUGUAUUUAUAAUGCAAAAUUUAGAGUAUGUUUUAAGUUGGAAUUUGUGUGUUAUUUUCUUUAAAUUUAUGCAUGCAUGCCUUGUUAAGGUUUUUCUUACAUACAGUAAAUGUGGUGGAUGCUUUGGAAAGUUCUAUUUUGAUAAA